GAUCUGGAAUGUAUACGUUUGCCUGUUUCCCUGUGGUCUUUCCAAGGCACGGUGUAGUUGACAACGUGAGUCUGUGUUCUCAGACCUCAAUGUGACGAGGGUGAAAUAAUCAAAAAUUACAUUUAUACCAUAGCACCGUCUAAAAAGGCUUCACGCAAAGCAUAUUGAUACAAGACCGACCAUACUUACGUGCUGCUCCUCAGAGGAGGGCGCGUUCAGGACUCGGUGGAGAAUAUCGGUGUGGUAGGACCGGAAAACAAACUUUAAGUUAUGAGAAACCUUGAAAAGCUACGUUUUAUAAGUUGUUCAUGAUAGCAGCUAGAUCAUGAACUGCCUGCUCUGGGACGGGGCACACUUGCUUGGUUUCGGCCGUCCUUGUAUACUGAAUGGCCCUGAACUGGUCAUUUACAGCGAGCGUCGCAUCGUCGAUGACAGCCCUAGGGACCGUCCGCGUUCGUGGUUUCUGAAGGACUUGCCGCCGUGCGCGAGGCGAAGGCUUUGGGCCCUGUGGAUCUCUACGUGAUACCUUCUUCCUUGAUGUUUUUGGCAUCAGAAGCGGGAGUAUAAGACAAGA